AAACUAAUGGGCAAGUGAAGGCUAAAAGAGAAACAAAAAAAGAUGUGAGACUUCAACCCAGUCGUCCGGUCGGAUUAUUUAUUGUGUACUUCCCUAAGAGAACGUCCUCUGACUAUCAUGGUCGCAUGAACAUUUGGAGAAUGCUGGAUAAAAUUCUCGUUCUGCUUCUAGCUCUUCUCGAUGGUUCCUUUCAAAGUGAGUCUCCAGGCAAAAACGAGUUCGCCAAACCUACAACGGGUGUCGGGUGUUACAAGUGCCACUCCAUGAACGGAAGCGACGCCCACUGCGGAGACCCCUUUCACCCAGCCUUCAACAUGGACCGCUACCAUACAAAAUGCGAGCAAGGUCAAAACAACCGGAUAGGUCUGUUCCCAGCACGCUAUUGCACCAAGAUAAAGGGAACUAACUUAAAAACAAAUGAGGAGAUGAUUAUCCGCUCCUGCAGCUUGUACGCCUUUGAAAACACGUGCGGAAUGUUCCAGUUUGACAACGUCCACUACACGGGAUGCCUGAUGUCAUGCACGAGAGACGCCUGCAACAGUGGCCGAUCAACCUACUCAUUGGACAGACGGAUCACGCGGACUCUCAUGACCUGGGCAACAUUUGUUAUGCUCUCUGCUUUCACAACCACUUCUUCUUUAUCAUGACGAUUCAUUAAAAACAAUUAAAGUUUAGUAUUAGUUUAAUAUAUACACAAUAUAAAUAUUAUUUAAUAUGGAGAGAGUCUUGAGAGUUUUACUUAUAGGCAGGGGCGGACUGGCUAUUUGAGCAUUCGGGCAAAUGCCGGGUGGGUCGGUACCGAAACAGGCCGGUAAGACCGCCGAAAGGGCCUCAUGGAUGUCACUAUGACACGUAUUAAAUUGAAGUUUUAUAAUAUUCUCUUAUAAAAGUGACUUUUGAGCGUCUUGUUCAAAAAAUCUUUUACAGUGUAAUACUCAUUUUAUCUAACACAUUUUUCCGAAAGAAUGUCUUAGGUUCGAAUCCUGGUGAAGUCUGUGGUUUUUAUUUAUUAUGGAAUCCACCCAGCUUUAAGGGGUACAUGACAAUGUUUGGGUAAAAGUGAAGGCGGUUGGUCGUUGUGCUGGCCACAUGACACCCACGUAAACCAUCAACUGCCCCAUAGAUCACAAUUUACUUCCAUACUUGCUACUUGUAGGUUUCUUCCUAUUCAAAAUUAAAAAGCAACAUAAGGUCUAUACUCUCUUAUAAAUUAUCUUAUCUUAUAUCAUUAUGAUAUACAACUCAUGGGCCGGAUUGUAAAGUAAUCUCCGGGCCGAUUUUGACACCCAGUCCGCCGUUGCUUAUAGGGAAACACCAGCAAUAAAAUAACACGCCAACACACUGAGUAUCGUUUCUUAAACUUAGCCACUAGAUAUCUCGUAACUCUGAGAAGGACCCGGCGGGCCCCAUGAAAGUCACCUAAAAAAAAACUGAACACAUUUAAAAUGUGUGACAAUAGUACAAAAUGGAAUUGAAGGGACGGAUAGGGAGAAAUGUUGGAAAGAAAAAUACACUAAUAAUGUAUGGUAAUACCUAAACAAUAAGUUGGAUAGCUAUGAUAUAGUUGUGUAAAAAUACUAAGCUCUGAAAAAUAAUGUUAAUUGUAAUGUAACUAAAUGAUAAGAAAGCUAGUUGUUUGUUUUUUUUAAAUACUUCACAUCCAAUCAAUGAGUUCCUACAUUUGAAUUCAACUAGUACAUAACGUUUCCAUUACAUUUACGGUGAAGAUAUCUUGUUCAAAGUGAAGAUAUUUUGUUCAGUUUCCUUGUUGUUGUUCUUCCAAGUAUUCAACUAUAAAGCUUGCUUUAUCUCGGGCGCCAUAGUUCUUAUUCUGUUUUAUUAAAUGCAGCACACAACACCAAGAAUGGCUCAGGUGUAGGAGGGAGCUGGUGCUGAUUUAAACAUCUUAUGAUAGAGGAGGUUGUUCAUACACGUUGAGAUAUGUGAUACCAUCAGCCAGAACAUGCUGAGUUUAGGUUAUGAUUUUUGAAAACCCAUCUAUGUCCAUAACCCGUUCAUUGCUUUUAAAUAUUAUAACUCUAGAGAAUUGAUAUAAGUCCUAAUAGGAACUAAACCCAUUUGAUUUUCCUUUAGUUUUGCUUACGUCAUAUAUUGUGAUGCAUUCCCCCGAAUGAUGCUUUUUAAAAUGUGUAAAUAAUGAAGUACGUAUUAUGUCAUUGAAUAUAUGCAUGUGAAUUCCUCAUCAAAUAUCUUAAUGUUGUUGAUUUUUUUAUUUGUUGAUAAUGAUGUCUUCAUCUACAAUUUUGUGGACAACAAAUGCUUUCAAUGCAUAGUAAAUAAGGCUUUGUCUUUGAGUCCAAGAUCAAUAAGGAAUGCAAUAUUUCCCUUGGCAACGCAGCCCCCAGCUGUGACCUACAUAUUAAGCAAACGUUACAAAAUUGAACCUCAAAAAUCAAGAUGUCAUCAGGGGAAUGAAACAGGAUAAAUGCUGCUGUGUUCGUAAAGAUGAUGAUGUGAAAUGUACUUACUUCUGACACCAUCAUGGAACAUGAAAGUUCAAAUACAUUUGAAGAAAUACUCAGAUUCUUGUUUCUACGUUAGUCUUGAAACUAAAACCAUAUUUGGUCUAAUAUAAAUAAUAUGAAUACUUGCUAGAUAUCUUUUUUUUAUUUCUUGUAAACAUUCUAGACACUACUAGAAGCACAUUGUUCUCUGAAGGAGUUAGAACAUAGAAGACAUAGAUUUUCCACUCAAUCAAAUCAGCACAAUGAAAACAAAUGGGAAAAAUAUUUUUAUGCCAAAAAUAGUUCUUAAGUCUAACCUACAUUCAUCUUUGAGAGAAUGAAAUUCUCUAAUAAAGAAAGUUGUUCUUCAAUAUUUCCUUGUCCAAACCUAAAUUAUAGAAAAAUAUUUUUUUUUUACAAAAUUAAUCCUUUUCAAGAUAUCGAAUGCACAGUAAAAUAAAUGGAAAAAUGUUAUCAUUGAGAAUAAAUAACGAAUCAUUAUUGUCUACAACAACCAUUCUGUGCAAAUAGAAUUAUAAAUUAUUUAAUAGCCAAUACAUAACUUUGUAUCUGAACCUAGGUAGACUCCAUAAACAGUGAAGUUAACAAUGUCAAUGAUACGAAAGGAAGACUUUGAUUAAUGACAACCUAGAAAUGUAAGCCUAAUCCGGUUCAUAGACCUUCUGUCUGACGCAUUGCUUUGUAUCAAUUCAUUUGUAUCAAUGUGUAUACACAUUCAUCUAUUUUUUCCAAUAUCCCAAAGAAAUGUCCAAUACUCCAAAUACAUGUGAAAAAUAAACUCUGUUAUGACUUAGCUAAGUUUGGCGUAUGUAUGUAUUGACCCCAAUCGUUACAUAAAAACUGUUAUUGUUAAAAAAACAAUUUCAAUGUAAAUGCAUCUAUGAUUUUUUUCUUGGUCAUCGCUGGGAUUUCUUGGUGAUGAGGCAAUACUUUUUUUUUGACACUUAAUUAAACAUAUGUUAGGAAUACCUAGACCACAAAAAAGGGGAAUAAGCCAACAGACCUCUUUAUCUGAAUCACAGUAUUGAGUACUACGUCUUAGUACUUGAUUUAGUAUGUUAUGGACCUGAGUCCUGACACCUGCAUUUUGUUUCAGAUCUAGUGUAAAAGGGAACAAGAAAUCUUCAAGAUUUUUUAGCUUUUAAAAAUGUUUUUAUUUAGGAAUCACGUUUUUUUUUUGUGAUAUUCCCAGAAAUUCAAACAUUCCUAUGUAUUUAUAUAUCAAUGUGUUAGUAGUUAGUUUUAAAAAGCUUGCUUUUCUUUCACAUAACGGUACAUAUUUGUAUAUCACAAUGAUUGAAAAUCUUCAUAUUAUUAAUUUAACAUGUCUUAGUUAAGCUAGACCUAUUUAAAUUUAAUUAGUUUUUAUUUUAAAAUGAAGCGCCUAAUAGUGGUACAUAAGUUUGUCACAGCCAAGUGAUUCUAGCGAAAACAAAACGUGACAGACAUUGUUUCUGUGUUUACUUUUUGUGUUUCAUUUAUUUGUGAUAUUUUUUAUGUUGGGCGUUUCAUUUUGUAUAUUUUCUUUGACUGGCUCAUUUUUUGUAUGAACAGUCUCUGAAAGAUAAUAAAUUGUCAAUCCAUCCCAUUAGUUAGUUUCUUUGUAAUUAUUAUCAUUAUGCCAUUUAAAGCAAAACAAGCUGGGUUUCAAAUCCAA